AUGGAAGAUACUGAUACCGAACGAGCAUACUUUUCAACACCGUUGCCAACGCCACGUCUUAAUGAAUCAAAUACGUCAGAUUAUUUUGAUUUAGACUCUUCAUUUUCUAUUAAAGAAUAUCAACAACGAAUGUCAAAUUUAACGAAAGAUUUACAAAAAGUGGCUGAUCUUUGUUAUCAAUUAAAUGACAAUGAAAGCGAAUCAGAUGUACAAGAUCAACAACCAACAGAAGCCACUGAUGAUAGUAAUGAUUCUGCACAUACACAAACAACUACAAUUUAUACAAUUGAUAAUUCUCUACAUCCACUACCAUCACAAGAACAUACUGCUGCUGAUGAUGAUGAUGAUAGUUCUUCAAGAGUACAGGAUACUAAUCCAAUUGAAGAUAAUUUUUCUACUGUAAUGUCAGAUAAUGAAACAAUACCAAUAGAAGAGCCACGUAAACGACCUGUGCUUAACUAUAGUCUUAGUUUAUGUGUACCAUAUACAGAUAAAGAAGAUGAAAUAUCAGUUAUCACAGAGACAUUGCCAACAACAUCAUUUGAAUUCACUGGAACUGAAAAAAACGAUAAAAAUAAUAUUGGACAUAUUAUGAUAAGUUGUAAUCAUUCAACAAGACUCAUAUGUUCGAAAAUUGCAAAAUUGUUGAAAAAUCAUAAUUACACCGUUUGGUUCGAUCAAAAUAAUAUGUCUGGCAAUGUUCUUACAUCUAUAGCGUCUGCUGUUGAAAAUUCUUUUGUUGUUUUAAUGGCAAUCAAUGAAUCGUAUUAUCAAAGUCGAUACUGUCGAUUAGAAGCUGAAUAUUCUGUUGAACGGAAUAAAGUAUCAGUUCCAAUGUUAAUGCAAACAGGUUAUAAACCACUAGGAUGGCUUGGUAUAAUCAAUGGUUCUAAACUUCAUAUUGAUUUUUCUUUACUUCCAUUUGAUGAAGCAUUUAAUUUAUUAUUAAGAGAAAUUGAAGCUGUUCGAAUUUCAUUAGGAGCUGAUCCAAAUGUUCGAAAUAUUGCAAUGCCUGUUAAUAAUCAAGUAAUAACUACAAUGAAUAAUUCAUUGUUUCAUUCACAAAAUGUUCAUGAAUGGUCUGCUUAUGAUGUUAUUGAAUGGUUAAAUCGAGAAAAACUUGAAAUGUUUGAAAAUGCUUUAAGAAACUUUACUGGUGCAACACUUUGGCAAUUAUAUAAAAUAAAAUUCGAUUCUGCAACAGAUUUUUAUCGAAUAAUUGAAUCAUUACUACCUUCCACAAUGCCACUUCGAGUCUUUUAUAAUUUAACUUUUAUUUCGGCACUUGAAACACUUUUUUCAUCGUCUACUCAAACAAUGCAUCGAUAA